AUGUCCUCCGGCGGCGCCUACUCUCCAGGCGUCAGCUCGUCGGGCUCCUCCUCCUCGUCCGGCGGCUGCUCCGGCUCCUGCUUCGACCCAGACCAGCUCAAGUACCAGUACCUCCAGGGCUACUUCAACGCACACAUGCUCCCAGCUCCUUCCUACCGCUACGUCUACCUCCUCUGGUUCGUCACCAUCCUCGUAUCCCUCGUCCUCGGCUCCUUCCACAUGCUCGGCCUCGGCGACAGAUCCUACAUCGGCGCCAAGUGGAAGCGUUGGGCCACCAAGAACCGCGUCUACAAGCUCGGCAAGCGCCUCGACAUCCACGGCAACCCCGUACACAAGGACUCCCACGGCUUCAUCCGCGCCUAUGCUCCCCUCAAACCUCGCAAGAUGCUCUCCUUCCCCAGCUUCGGCAGGCUCGUCCUCCUCUUCUUCAUGAUCGCCGUGCCCAUCGUUCUCACCCUCGUCGGCGCCGACUUCAUCGGCCCCACCAACGGCGUCUUUGACUUUUCCCAGAGCUGGCCUCCCCAGACCACCAACACCGUCGGCAUGUCCAGGCGCGCACUCCGUCUCCUCCGCAGGCGCAUCAUCUGGGGCCAGGGCGCCUACCCCGUCGUCACCACCUACCCGCCCGUACGCACCCUCCCCUACCGCACCUGGUGGACCACCGGCGACCGCACUGGCGACAUCACCAUGGGCCUCGUCCCCAUCGUCCUCAUCAUGGCCCUCAAACAGGUCCCCUUCGCCCUCCUCUCCACGCGUUUCUUUGGCGGAUACGCUUUCGACCGCCUCUCCUUCCUCCACAAGUGGGGCGGCAGGAUCAUCUGGCUCUUCGGCACCGCACACCUCGUCACUUGGUGCAUCCAGCUCAACAAGGACACGCGCAUCGGCGAGCCCGUGUGGAGCUUCGUCUUCAUGUGGACCAAGUUCCGCUGGGGCUGGGCCUCCUACGGAUUCCUCACCGCCAUGACCUUCCUCUCCAUCGGGCCCAUCCGCAACCGCUUUUACGAGUGGUUCUACAUCGCCCACGUCGUCACCGUCGCCGGCUUCAUCAUCACCGCCAUGCUUCACCAUCCGCCCUUGGCCCAAUGGAUGUACAUCCCCCUCGCUUGGUGGGUCGCCGAACGUCUCACAAGGGCGCUCAAGGUGGCUUGGAUCAACGGCCUCGGCUUCGCAGGUCGCAAACCGCAGUUCGCCCUGGCUCCCAAACCGCAAAUGUCCCACUCCCACUCGGCCGCCUGGUCAGAAGCCUCCUACCCACACCCUCAGCGCCCGCCUAUGCCGCGCUCCCCCUACGCACAUCCAUCCUUCGGUCCCGGCCCUCAAUCGUACCACUACCACGAUGACAAGCCGCACACUCCCAACUCUCACCACGCCUCACACCCGCCCACCGCCUUUGACGGCAGCUCCGCAUCGUCCCACAGGCACGCUCCCCAGUCUCGCCGCAGCUCCGAGUACGAGCACACGCUCGUCGAAUCUCUACCCGAUGCCGACAGCCGCAAGAUCUGGAGUCCGCCGCCCCUCGAUGGUCGCACAGAGCCUAUGACAUCCGGCGCAGCCCACCCACUCGAAGCGCGCCACGAGCACAGUCCCGAGCGCGGCGAGAAGGCGCUCGAAAGGAGGGCGACGCGCGCAAGUGCCCGAUACGAUCCGGUCAACGACCUCAUCCAGGACUACAUCCCAUCCAGGCACUCCAACGCAGACGUCUAUCCGCCUCCCCCGGCCGAGCCUUUGCCCGCGCUGCCGCAGCAGUACGCAUCGCAAUCGAGCUACGACGCAAAGUACUCGCUCCAAGAUCCCGCCGAUGCUCCGCACGGCUCGACCUACCCACCGCCCCAUCCCAGCCGCAUGCGCAGCGAGCCAUCGUCGGCCUUCUCGGCCAGGCCAUCCACCAUGUUCAGCGUCAUGUCCACAACCAUGCCUCGACAGCUGCGACCACGUCCUGCCAUGUCGGCAGACGUCGCCGCCGUCAUCCGUCCCGGCUUUGCCUUUGUGCAGCUGCUGCCCGGAAAGACUCUGCGGCUCACGCUACGCACUCCCAACAAAAUGUCGUGGCAGCCCGGCCAGUGGGUCUACCUCAACAUCCCCAGCGUCCGCUUCUGGGAGUCGCAUCCCUUCACCAUCGCAUCGGCCCACGACGCCGACUUUCCCGUCGCCACCGAGUUUGUCGAUGCCGACCACGAAAAGGGGCUCGCCGUACAGAAGGCCAAGGGCGAAGAGAGGACCAUGGUGCUGCUCGUCCGCUGCCGACGCGGCUUUACGCGCCAUCUGUGGAACUUUGUGGCCAAGAAGCGCCAGAUGCAGAUCGAAGCCGCCGCCGACGCCCAGCACGGCGCCAGCGCGUACGGCAUGCCAGGCACAACCGCCGUGCCUGCACUCGGCAAGGAUACCACCGGCGUGCACAUCCGUGCCAUCGUCGACGGUCCGUACGGCUCGGCCGACCGCACGCACUGGAACAUCCACUCGACCGUCGUCAUUGUCUGCGGCGGCUCGGGCGUCAGCUUCGGCAUGUCGGUGCUCGAGCAUCUCUGUGCCUGCAUGGUCGGCGCCAUGAAGUUCGGCAAGGACGGCAAGGGCGGCAAGCACUUUUUGACCAAGCGCGUGCGAUUCGUGUGGAUCAUGCGCGAGUUCUCGCACCUCCAGUGGGUCGCAGCCGCGCUGCGACGAUGCAUCGAGAUGCUCCCGCCCGAGCACCUCCAGGUCGAUCUGUACGUGACGCACUUUAACCACCGCUCGGCGCUCGCGGAUGCAGCCAGGGGUGCGAGUCGAGGCGGACGCAGCCAGGACUUUGGUCCACCGCCAUCCGAGUUCGGAGCCAACACGUACGACAGCCGUCAGCGAUGGGGAGCAGGUGCCGAGGCCGACGGCGGGUUUUCCAAGGCGGCUCGCUUCACCGAGGGGCCCGAGCAGGAGGAGUACGACCUCACCGCCUACGACCUCACGCACUUUGACGGCGAGGACCAGAGUGCACCCACCGCGAUGGAGGAGGAGAUGAACAAGCGCAUCCGCACCGAGGGCAAGCUGCGACGCGCCAAGACACGGCGCAACACGGUCAAGCGCAAGGGAGGUCGCGGCGCCAAGGCAGCACCUGCCGAGCUGGACCGUGACGAGCAGCGCGCCAUGUACGAGGGGCGCAUCAGCUCCGGUCGGCCGCAGCGCCUCAAUGCUGCACCAGCACCCGAGCGACCUUCUUACCCUUCUGCAGGACCUGGCGCUGCCUAUCCACCGCGACGCGCGGUUGCCGUGGAGCAGGAUCUGGCCGACGGUGUCGAGGGUGACAAUGACUCGACGUGGUUGCCUGCGCAGGCAGGACGUCUGCAGCCUGGCGGUGCACACAUGGGUGGUCGAAGAACCACAUCGCCUCCCGCCGCACCGUACGGCACGACCGAUUCGAAUCUGGGUCCGCUGUCGGCAUACAUGUCGCCGAGCGCCUCACGUCCCGGUUCUGCGAAUGACGAGCUUGUGCCUCCUCCCGCAUUUGGCGGCGGUGGUGCAUCGGGUUCGAGUACGCCACGCUUCGCUGCAUCGCCACUAGCCACGCCGUACAGUGCGAGCUUUGACGCUGCAUCGCACUCUGGCUUUUUAGCUGCCGACGACACUGAGGCUCUGCGCGGCAGUACGCCUCGGAAUGGGUCGACGCUGCACCUGCUGAACACAGCGGUGGCGCCAGUGGCGUCGGCUAAGUCGCCGCUCGAGGAUGCGCCGAUCGACCUGGAUGCCGAGGAGGAUGUGGAUCUGCGCGUUGUGGCAGAAUUGGCCCAGCCAGGACAUCCGAAACUCGACCGCAUCAUCCGGCAGGAGGUGGAUCGUACCGAGGGCAGGACGCUGGUGGCCGGGUGUGGUCCAAAAAGCCUCGACAUCGUGCUGAGGAGUAUCGUGAGCAAGCAGAUCGAUCCCAAGAAGGUCAGGAAGGGCGAUACAAGGGGAGUCGUCAAUGUCGUCAGCGAGUGCUUCGAAUGGGGCGGAUAA